CGGUGGUAUUAAGACUAUUGUAGGUUGUAAUUCCUCUCUCUCUCGAAACCGCACGGCAUUAACGGGGAGCAUAUGUUCAGGAAUUAGAUGGCGGAGGAAGUAUUGUUAGCAUCCGAUGGGAAAUUUAGUGGGCAUCUCACCAAGUCGCUGCUGGCGGUGGCGUUCCUGGCCUCGUUCGGCGGCUCCAUGCUCUACGGCUACAACCUGGCAGUAGUCAACUCCCCAGCGGAGUACAUCAAGGCCUUCUUCAACGAGACCAGGAUCUCUCGCAACGGGACGGCCCUGGAUGAGGAGACCCUCACCCUCAUGUACUCUCUCACCGUGUCUGUGUUCGCCAUCGGGGGGAUGCUGGGCUCCCUGCUGGUGGGCAUGCUCGUCACCAAAUACGGGAGGAAAGGGACUCUGGUGCGGUCCACGAUGCUGGUGUUCCUAGCUUCAGCUCUGAUGGGCUUCAGUAAGAUCUGCGGGUCUCCAGAGAUGAUCAUCAUCGGACGCCUAAUCACAGGGAUACACUCAGGCAUCUCUCUGAGUGUGGUGCCUAUGUACCUGGGGGAGAUCGCUCCCAAGAACCUGAGGGGCUUCCUGGGCCUUGUGCCCAGCAUCUUCAUCUGCAUCGGGGUGUUCAUCGCUCAGGUCCUGGGCCUGCAUGAAGUGCUGGGAAGGGAAGAACACUGGCCUCUCCUCCUGUCCUUACUGGUGGUACCUAUUACCGUCCAGCUGAUGCUGUUGCCAUGGUUCCCUGAGAGCCCUCGCUAUCUGCUCAUGGAGAAACACAACGUCCACGCCACUGUCACAGCUCUGAAGUGGUACCGUGCCAGGUGUAACAUCCAGGCAGAGAUCGAGGAGAUGCAGGAGGAGCAGCGCUCGCUGUCCUCCAUCCAGACGGUGUCUGUGAUUGGUCUGUUGAAGGACCGCAGCGUUCGCUGGCAGGUCAUCACCAUCGUGGUCAUCAACAUCGGCAUGCAGCUGUCUGGCAUCGACGCGAUCUGGUUCUAUACCAACGCCAUCUUUGAGAACGCGGGGAUCCCGAGACCUCAGAUCCAGUAUACAACAGUGGGAACUGGAGCCAUAGAAGUUCUCUCUGGACUGGUCGGGUGUUUCACCAUCGAAAGAGUGGGCAGGAGACCCCUGAUGAUUGGUGGGUUCAGCUUCAUGUCCAUCUGCUGUGCUGGGAUCACCGUCUCUCUGCUGUUACAGGCCCAAGUGGAGUUCAUGCGUUAUGUCAGUGUUGGCUGUGUGGUGGGAAUCAUCGCUGGGUUCUGUAUUGGGCCAGCCGGCGUUCCCUUCCUGAUGACAGCAGAGCUGUUCACGCAGUCUCACAGACCGGCCGCCUACACCGUGGCAGGACUGCUCAACUGGCUGUCUAACUUCACCGUGGGCUUCGUGUUCCCCUUCCUCCAGAUGUCCGCAGGGUCCUACUGCUACCUGGUGUUCUGUGGUAUCUGCCUGGUGGUUGCGGCCUACGUUUACCUGAUCAUCCCCGAGACCAAGAACAAGACCUUUGUGGAGAUCAGUCAGAUGUUCGCCCCCAGGAACGGCGUGGGGCGGGACGAGAUGGCCGACCUGGACCACGGGAACCGCCUCAAGCUCACCAAGAUGAACGGCUACGGGGCCCUGGAGAACGAGGACAGAGUGGUCUGA